AUGGUGUCCACUGCGGGGCAGUCGAAGGUCCUGGCGUCCUCGGUUGCGCACGUCGUCAACACCAGGACUGGCUCGAUGACAACGAUGCCGCCAUCAGAAACCUGCUCAUCAAAAAGAACCGCCUGCACCGAUGACAACGAAGCUGCUUUCUACCGCACUCGCCGCCUUGUGCAACGGCGGCUGUGUGAGAUGCAGGAGGCCUGGACAGUUCGCAAGGCUCAGGAGAUCCAAGGGUACGCGAACUUCAACGAAUGGACGAACUUCUACGACGUGAGAAAAGCUGUCCAUGGUCCGCCAACUAAAGCAAUUGCUCCUCCUCUCAGUGCCGACGGCAGCACCCUACUCACUGAGAAGACACAAAUUCUACAGGAAAUGGCCGAGCACUUCAGAGGCGUCCUCAACCGUCCCUCCACAAUCUCCGACGCCGCCCCCGCCCGUAUGCCUCAAAUGGAGACCAACGCCGACCUCGACCUACCGCCCUCUCUCCACGAAACCAUCAGGGCCGUGCAGCAGCUCUCCAGCGGGAAAGCGUCCGGAUCGGACGCGAUCCCUGCUGAGAUCAAAAGGCACGGUGGACCCCAUUUCAUGGAUCAUCUGAGGGCGCUCUCCCAGGAGAUGUGGCGUCAAGGAGAAGUCCCGCAAGAUUUCAAGGACGCCACAAUCGUGCAUCUAUACAAGCGGAAAGGAAAUCGCCAGCUCUGUGACACUCAUCGAGGCAUCUCCCUGCCCAACAUUGUCAGGGAGAUCUUUGCUCGCAUCCGUCUCAACCGCCUUAACCACCAUCUGGAAGAAGGACUCCUGUCGGAAAGCAAGUGCGGCUUCCGCCGUCAUCGUGGAACCACGGACAUGAUCUUCGCCGUCCGCACACUGCAGGAGAACUGUCAGGAAAUGCGGACCCACCUCUACUCUACCUUCCUGAAUCCGAUGAAAGCCUUCGAUACGGCGAAUCGUGAGGGACUAACGAAAAUUCGGCUGCCCCGAACGGUUCACUGA